CAUUCUAAUGCUACAAAUAUCGAAAGAUUAGUUCAAAGCACAACGGAGAUUUCUCUUACUACAUGCCUUUCUUACGUACACCAGAGUAAUCAAAGAAAACUGAUAUAUUUCUGGUGUCUAUAAAGAGAUAUUAUGAGUAACAUUGUUGAUACUUUAUUGCUAAUGAUCAGUGCAAGAAGCCAUGGGAACGCGGUCUACUAGAAAUGCCUUGUUCACCACGCUCCRUCUUCACAAACAACAUUACAUCUAUGGCUUCUUCAAAGUCUAAGAUAGACAUUGAUUAUCUCGAUAUAAAGAAAGUCAAUCAUAGUGACAUAAGUCCUGCGAAUUCAGACACGGAAACUGUGAAUGUUGAAGAAGAAGAUGACGACGAGUCACCAAGCAAAACGAAAUUCACGCGCGGAAAAAGACAUAGCACAAAGAAAAAAACUACCGUCAGAAAACGAAGAGUGUCAGCGAAUAUCGCGGCUACAAAGUACGAUGUCGUAAGAAGGACGUGUGCGGAGGCAGGYAUGGCUAUAACAAGGGAUGCUGAUGACAAUAACUGUUUCUUCUAUUGGAGUGACUCCGCUGUUCCAUCUGACAGAAUUACUGAACUUAAACCCUACCAGAGAAUCAAUCAUUUUCCUGGAAUGGGUGAAAUAUGUAAAAAGGACAGUCUUGCUCGUAAUAUUGCCAAAAUGCAAAGAGCUCACCCCGAUGAAUACAGCUUUACUCCUCAGACAUGGGUGAUUCCUGCAGAAUAUGCAUCAUUUCAGUGUUACUGUAGAGAUCUUAAAAAGAAAAGGAAAGUCAAAACGUUCAUCAUGAAACCAGCCAAUGGAGCCAUGGGAAAYGGGAUAUCGUUGAUAAGAAAUGGUGACCGAGUUCCAUCACAUGAACAAAUAGUUAUUCAAGAAUACAUCGACAGGCCUUUUCUACUCGAUGGUUUCAAGUUUGAUUUACGAAUAUAUGUACUYGUGGUUUCCUGUGAUCCUCUGAAGAUCUUUGUUUACGACGAUGGACUGGUCCGUCUUGGAACAGAGCCCUAUGAAGCACCUUCUGAUGACAAUAUGGACGAGCUGUUCAUGCAUUUAACCAACUACUCUAUCAAUAAACACAAUGAAAAUUUUGACAAGGACGACAGUACUAACAAUGGUAGCAAACGUACCAUUAAAUAUUUGAAAGAAUGGUUACAGUCCAUGGAUUAUGAUGUUAAUGCUAUAUGGAGAAGUAUAACGGAUGUGAUAGUCAAGACGCUAAUUGUAGCUCAACCUCACUUGUUACACUCGUACCGUAUGGCUCGUCCAGGCUCUUUACCAGGAAGUGACAGCGUUUGUUUUGAAUUACUGGGCUUUGAUGUYAUACUCGACAAAAAGUUACGACCUUGGGUACUAGAGGUGAAUCGUUCUCCCAGUUUUGGUACAGACGCAAAGUUAGAUGCAGAAAUCAAGGGAGGUGCCUUGAGGGACACUCUACGACUACUUAAUAUCAAGGCAAGCGAUCGAAGACGCGGAAUAGCGGCAGAGAAAGCGGAAUCUCAAAAACGAUUACUGACWCAGCCGAAACGCAGCGAAUAUGGGAUGUCUGAGCUGGAAAAGAAGAGAAUAGUGUUGAACAAACGAAGACUUGAGCUGAAACACAGAUUAAACAGAAUACGUCAAGAAGCAGCCAGAGAAGAAUAUGAAAAUAUGAAUAUGGGAAACUUUAAGCGAGUUUUUCCGCCGGAUGAACGAAGCAAGCUUGAAAAAUACAAUGGUUUGCUGGCAGACGCGUUCAAGUUAUUUCUGUCAGGUCGUGCGUCAACCCUUCAGAGGGAAGUCAACCAGCCAUUCAGUACUUUAAGGGAAGAAGAAAUCCUAGAUUUGUUGGAGCAGUGUGAAGCAGACGAAACGUUAACGCAUCUUGAAUCUAAGGACGCUCAAAAUGGAUACAGACCGCUUAGCAAGGGGCCGAAGCCUCUCUCUUCCAUGCCAAGUUCAAAAUUCCAAAAAGAGGAAGCGAGUAAUACUUCAAGUUCGUCGUUACUAUCUCAAAGGCAAUCAUCCGACUUGGGAUCUUCGUUUUCAAGAUCUACUCAACGUAUUGUGACGUCAUUAUCGUCUCCACCAAUGAAAUUCAAUCCAGUAGUCGAUGCUGCGUAUUUGAACGCUGCUGUGCGCGAACGAGAAGAAGAAUUAUGCAGAAGAACUCUGCAAGCAUUUGAAGAUAUGAGGAUAAAAUUUCCUGGAAAAACCGACGAAGAAGCAGAAAUCAUCCUAGAGAAUAUYCAAGAAAACUGGAAAUUUCACAAACCACGUGUCGCUUCCUAUUGGCUUGUUAAACUUGACUCCAUUAAGCGACGAAAGGUCAUUGACAUUGUAAGAACCAAUACUCGAGCGAUAUUGCAAAGAAUAUGGCGAUCUUCUGAUGUUGAUAACCUAAGGCUGUGUAGAAUAUUCUCRCGAGUCUUCAACAGAUUGCUAUGGAGUCAUGGGCAAGGAUUAUGGAACUGCUUCUCGAGUAUAGGCAAUUCGUGGGAAACAAUUUUUAGUAAAAGUACCGAAGUUCUUUCAUCGACCGAAAUGAGCUGCUGUCGUCGUAUCGUUGAACUGUGUCGCGAUUGUUUGCUUAUCGUUUAUCAAUUUGCAUCUGAUGCCAAAGCUGCUAGCACGUCAACAAAACCCGAUGAUACCACAAGCAGGGAUUCACUUCGAAGGGUACCAGAUUUGACGUCACAGCAUGUCUUAUCAUCAAGAUUGGCCCGAUUGUCUAAAGGAAAUCAAGUACCUUCGCUAUAAGAAAAAAAWUUCCACGCCCUCAUGAUAUCAACGUUCGUAGGAUCUGGAGCCAAGACAUGGUGAAGAUAUCGACCCAACAUUUGAGGGAUGUUCAACAUGUAGCAUAUCAAUUCACAGAARUCGUUUUAAUAGUUCAGAUGAUUCAUUUUUAAAGAGAUUAGAAUUUUUUACAUAUUAUUUAUUAUUUUAUGAUUCAAGAAUAUAUAUGAAUAUCGUAUUAUAUUUAAAAAGAAAAUCCAAGAACUCUUAGAAUAACUGUCAUCACAAGUAAAUCUUGUCAGUCUAUGCAAACAUAAAUACAUGCAUUAUCAUCGGUUUUAAUCGGAAUAAAGUGACUGAGUAUCA